AUAUCACAGCAGCAGCAUCAGCAGCCUCAGCAGCAGUAUCAGCAGCCUCAGCAGCAGCAGCAUCAGCAGCAGCAUCAGCAGCCUCAGCAGCAGCCUCAGCAGCAGCAUCAGCAGCAGCAUCAGCAGCAGCCUCAGCAGCAGCAUCAGCAGCAGCAUCAGCAGCAGCCUCAGCAGCAGCCUCAGCAGCAGCCUCAGCAGCAGCAUCAGCAGCCUCAGCAGCAGCAUCAGCAGCCUCAGCAGCAGCCUCAGCAGCAGCCUCAGCAGCAGCAUCAGCAGCCUCAGCAGCCUCAGCAGCAGCAUCAGCAGCAGCAUCAGCAGCAUCAGCAGCAGCCUCAGCAGCAGCCUCAGCAGCAGCCUCAGCAGCAGCAUCAGCAGCCUCAGCAGCAGCAUCAGCAGCCUCAGCAGCAGCCUCAGCAGCAGCCUCAGCAGCAGCCUCAGCAGCCUCAGCAGCCUCAGCAGCAGCAUCAGCAGCCUCAGCAGCCUCAGCAGCAGCCUCAGCAGCAUCAGCAGCAGCAGCAGCCUCAGCAGCAGCAUCAGCAGCAGCCUCAGCAGCAGCAUCAGCAGCCUCAGCAGCCUCAGCAGCAGCAUCAGCAGCCUCAGCAGCCUCAGCAGCCUCAGCAGCAGCAUCAGCAGCCUCAGCAGCCUCAGCAGCAGCAUCAGCAGCCUCAGCAGCCUCAGCAGCCUCAGCAGCAGAAAUCAGCAGCAGCCUCAGCAGCCUCAGCAGCCUCAGCAGCAGCAUCAGCAGCAGCCUCAGCAGACUCAGCAGCCUCAGCAGCAGCAUCAGCAGCAGCAUCAGCAGCCUCUGCAGCAGCCUCAGCAGCAGCCUCAGCAGCCUCUGCAGCAGCCUCAGCAGCAGCAUCAGCAGCCUCUGCAGCAGCCUCAGCAGCAGCCUCAGCAGCCUCUGCAGCAGCCUCAGCAGCAGCCUCAGCAGCCUCAGCAGCA